UUGUUGUUGAGAAUAUUACCUAUGUUCCCUCUUUCCCCCACGAGCCCCUUCCAGCCCAAUCCGGGCCUUCCCCAGGGCUGUUCCUGCCUCGUGCGUAACGGUACUUACUUCUGCGUGUUUAAAUGUGUCUGCGCCCCCGUUUCCCGUUAUGUUUCCCGUUAUUGGGGGCGCACACGCUCAGGCGUGGGGUUGCCCGGCCGCGCGGUGGUUUCCGAAGGAACGAUUCGGGGACUUGCCGCAUUUUCCCAGGGGCCGCACGUGGGCCAGCCCCCCAGUCUACGCGCCCCCCCCCCCCCCCCAUCCCCAGCUGCAGCAGCCACGGGGCCGGAUGGGGAAGUGGCGGCCGCUCUGAACUUUUCCUUUCGCCCCCGCCCGCCCUGCACAGGGGCCGGGAGGAAGGGCCUGGGCUGGAGCAGAAAUCCCAGCGCUGAUGUCACCCCCGGGCAGGCCCCCCGCACUCAGUUCUGCUCCGCGCCCUGCGCUCAGGCCUCAGAUCGUGGCCGUGGCCGUGGAGGGAGGAUGGCCCACGGCGAGGGCUUCGGCUACGUGCAGGGCCUGGCCCGGGACUACCUGCGGCACGCGCUGCGGGGCCCGCGGCCCGAGGCCCGGCCCGGCCCGGCGGCCCGGGUGCACCGGCUGCUGCGGGAGACGGCGGGGGCGGUGCAGCGGGACGCCGAGCGGGCGCUGCGGCCCUGCCUGGCCGGCCUGCCCGUGGGCUCCGCGGCGGCCGCCAGGGCCGUGUUCCUGGCCGUGGCGCGCAGCGAGUUCGAGGACGGCGUGGUCAACUGGGGCCGCCUGGUGACCCUGUUCGCCCUGGAGGGCAUCCUGGCCAGGGAGCUGCUCCGCCAGCGGGGCGACCGGGAAGACUGGGACCCGGACCAGGACCUGGACCCGGGCCUGGACCCGGACCGGGACCUGGACCUGGACGCGGACACCGCCGAGGAGAUCUCGCGCGUCGUGGCCGAGUUCAUCACCUCGCAGGCGGGGGACUGGAUCAGGCAGAACGGCGGCUGGGAACACGGCUUCGUGCAGAAGUUCGAGCCACGGCCGGGCUGGCCGGCCUUCCUGGGGGCGGCGGCCCAGGUUCUGCUCUGCGUGCUGAGGCAGCUGCCCUGACCGCCGGGACCGGCCUUGGGAGACGGGGACUCUUGCGAGAGGCAUUGCCGACGCUCACGUCUCCUCCUCCUCCUGAGCAAACGGCCCUCGUGCUGCAACCGGAGGGCACGGACUCUCUGCCCCGUUUCCAUGCGGUGACCAGAUUUUCACGUUGGUAACGCCAACGGGACACCACUGACUGGGGUGGGGGUGGGGGUUCUUGAUUCAAACUGUGGUCUAUAUGGAGCAACAAACAUUUUCAUAGAACACAAACAUAGU